GGAGGCGUUGGCGCAUCGCACUGCUGCUGCUGCUGCUGCUGCGGCGCCACAAACCGGCUGUCCUGCACCGACACGGGGCUUCGCGACGGACACCGUUCACCGAGCGCACCGACAGAGAGAGAGAGUCGCUCCUGUGUCUGCAGCUGAACUUCAAAAGGUUUGAACCCUCGCCAGCUUCGACAUGAUCAAGAACGGACAUCACCACCACCAGCACCACCAGCACCAGCAGCAGCACCACCAAGUGAACGCCGCGGCCGGUAAAGACGCGGGCACGACCCCCGGCGCUGCGGCUUGCAGCCCCGAGAAGAGGAGGAGGAGAAUCCGGCUGUGGUGCGACGGCUGCUAUGACAUGGUCCAUUAUGGCCACUCCAACCAGCUGCGACAGGCGAAGGCCAUGGGAGAUUACCUCAUCGUUGGAGUACACACGGACAGCGAGAUUGCCAAGCACAAGGGUCCGCCGGUCUUCACCCAGGCAGAGAGAUACAAGAUGGUGCGGGCCAUAAAAUGGGUGGACGAGGUCGUGGAAGGAGCCCCUUACGUCACCACCCUCCAGACCCUGGACAAGUACAACUGUGACUCCUGUGUGCACGGAGAUGACAUAACACUAACGGUGGACGGGAAAGACACGUAUGAGGAGGUGAAGAAGUCGGGGCGGUACAGGGAGUGUAAGCGAACCCAGGGAGUUUCCACCACAGAUCUGGUUGGCAGGAUGCUGCUGAUGACCAAAGCACAUCACAGCAACAUUGAUAGUUCAGACUACCAGCAGCACACGGACAACUUUGGAAAGGGGUCACAUGGUCAGAAGGGCCGCAGUCCCUGGACGGGGGUGUCUCAGUUCCUGCAGACCUCACAGAAGAUCAUCCAGUUUGCUUCAGGCCAGGAGCCUCAACCCGGAGACACCAUCAUCUACGUGGCGGGAGCCUUUGACCUCUUCCACAUCGGCCACGUGGACUUCCUCGAAGCAGUGCACAAGCUCGCCGAAAAGCCAUACAUUAUAGUCGGGUUGCACUUUGAUCAGGAGGUGAACCGCUACAAAGGGAAAAACUACCCCAUCAUGAAUGUCCACGAGCGAACACUCAGCGUGCUGGCUUGUCGAUAUGUGUCAGAAGUGGUGAUUGGUGCACCCUUCGCAGUCACAAAAGAUUUGCUGGAACAUUUCAAGGUGGACCUCGUAUGCCAUGGGAAGACGGAAAUAUAUCCUGACAAGGAUGGCUCUGACCCUUACGCUGAGCCGAGGAGGAAGGGAAUCCUGCGUACCGUUGACAGUGGGAACAGUCUUACUACGGAUGCCAUUGUGCAGAGGAUAAUCAAAAACAGGUUGCUCUUUGAAGCGAGGAACCAGAAGAAAGAGGCCAAAGAGAUGGCUGUGAUCCAGGCCAUGAGGCGACAAGAGGAGGAGAAGACUAAAGAAAGAUCCCAGGCCGUGCUGUAGGAAGGCCCCAAAUAUGCACUUAGUGUCGACAUAACAACGAACAGCUCAAUUAAUCUAAGCUCAUGUACAGUACAAAUGCAACCCUUUUAUAUGCGUUAUUACACCGUCCCCACGUGAUCCCGGCUCAUGACGGCACUCCUUACAGCAGCCCGUUUGAAGCCGGGGCGGCGUAGUCCGCCGCGGGGUCAUCAGGUAUACCGCAUUUGUUCUCGUGGGCGGUUUUGUGUGUGUGUGUGUGUGUGUGUGUGGGGGGAUCGUCUGUGUAUUCAUAUAUUCGGCAUAUGCAAAUACAUGUUCAUGUCAGUCAGCAAUCAAACAGGCAGACGAUGGAGGGUGUAAACAUACGGAAGAUAUCGUGAUGUCUUCAAAUGUCUAUUUCAUCUCUUUGGAUAUUUUUUAUUUCUAAAGCACUUAUUUAUUUUCUUGCCUACAGAAAUAUUGAAAAAAUUGUGGAUGCCUGAGAUGCUGGUCCGCCAUUAAUCCGUAAACAGGAUGUGAUUUGAUAAGUUGCUUCUAAAGCACUGGGCUGCUUUCUGUCGAUCAUUGGAUGUAACCGCACAACUGAUCAAUGUAUAAACUGUAUGUACUGUAUCUAUGUAUUAUAAAAUAAUCAUAGGAGGUCCGGAGGGCACUAAAACCACGAGCGAAUCCCCCCGUUCCUCUGCAUCUAACCUGGGGGGCCUGGAUGUGAGAAGCUCUACUAAACUCUUUUGGGGACGCAUGUAAAUUUACUCUGGAAAUGAUCGGAACUGUCCUGUUUUCCAUGUAGAGCAGGUUUUUAACCCCUAAAUGACCGUUGGCCUUCUGAGUGGAGUUGUAUUAUUUUUUUAACCAACACUACUUAGCUUUUAUCCUAAUAUAGAGAAUACUACUGAGUUUUAACAGACUGGGUUAAAGCUUUAGUUUUCAUGCUAUAACUAUGACAAAUGCUCAGUGUGGUUGACUUGAUCAUGAAAUAGACCUCUUACUGUAAUUGAGCCGUGAGCAAUUUAACUUCUGUCUCUGUAUCAAAUGUGAUAAAAUAAUAUAUUUUUUGUAGAUCAGUAUUUUACUCCCCUCCUCUCCAUUAACUACUGUAUAGAUUCAUAUUGUAUAAAAAAAAAUUAUAAUAUAUCUGUAUGUCAAGUAGGAAUGUAUUCCUUGUAAGCUAUCAUGUGUAUGUUAUUGACAACUCCCAAGUUGAUAAAUACUGUAGAAUACUGUUAUGAUUACAGUAUAUUGCUGAUAAUAAUAACAUUUUUGUCUGAAAGACUAUUUGUCAUAUUCUUUUCCAUAACACUAAAACAUAUCUGGGUUUGGGAGUUUUGCAGAGUCUUACUGAUUUCUUAAGGAAUUGAUCUGAAUGAGUAAGCUGUGCAUUAAUUACAUGAUCAAAGGUUAAGGCCAGUUGUGGACACAGAAAUUAUGUUUAAUGUUUAAAAAAUUGCAAUGGAAAAGUUCUGCAUUUAAAUCUUUCAAAACAUAAAAUUGUUUGGGAAAUGAACUGGUAUGACUGCAUGUAAAUGUAAAAAUAAAAUAAUUAAUAAUAAAUGAGACUACCGUACUCCGAUCAUG